AUGAUUCAUCUUUGUUCAUCGGAAUUAGCUGAGAAGCUUCAUUUGCAGAGAGAAAAUGUAAACCUAUCAGUAGGAUGUUUAUCUGGGAUUUCAACAACGGUGAAGUCAAAAAUAAGUGCGGUUAUUUUAAAUAAAGGAAACACAUACAGUCGUAAACUAGAUUUUUUCGUAAUUCCGAAAAUUACUCAUUUGAUGCCUUCUAGACAAAUUGAUGUCUGUAAUAUUGAGAUUCCACAAGGAGUUACGUUAGCUGAUCCAGACUUUCACAAACCGGGUAAAAUUCAGUUACUUUUAGGAUCUGAAAUAUUUUUCGAUUUGAUAAGAUCCGGGCAAAUUUAUGUACCAAAUACAAAUUUAGUGUUACAAAACUCAGCAUUUGGGUAUUUGGUAAGCGGUAGCAUUGAAGAUUUACCACAUGAGAAACAAUUAAUGCAUUGUGGGUUAAUUUAUGACAAUGUCGAAGCACAGUUGAAGAAGUUUUUUGAUUUGGAAUCAAUUGGUAUCAGAGAUGAUCCCAAUUCUUACGAUGAAGAUAAAGCAUUAGAGAUAUUCAACAAAACUGUUAGUUUCAAAGAUGGUCGUUAUAUUGUUAGUUUGCCUUGGAAGAAAAAACGGGAACAUUUAGGCGACAAUUUUGGUGUCGCAGAAAAAAGAAUAAAAAUCCUGAUGAGAAAAAUGCAGCAUGAUAAUACAUUAUACCUGAAAUAUAGAGAAACUUUAGAAGAGUACCUAAAUCAAGGGAUAAUAGAAAGAGUAUUAGAUUCUACGAAACCAGUAAACAAGCCAGUUUUUUAUAUGCCGCAUCAGGCAGUUUAUAGAGAAGAAAGCAUUACAACAAAAAUGCGUAUUGUAUUUGAUGCGAGCUCACAUGAAAUAGGUAUAGUCUGUCCCUGA